AUGUGGCACGAAGCGCGCAAACAGGAAAAGAAGAUCCGUGGCAUGCUGGUCGAUUAUCGGAAGCGGGCCGAACGAAGGCAGGACUUUUACGAGCGUAUUAAAGCCGACCCGACACAGUUCCUUCAAGUGCAUGGACGCAAAGGCAAAAUACACCUGGAUGCCAGCGUCGCGACAGCUGCCGAGAAUCCUGCAAUCAUGAUGCCAUGGCAGGGCCAGAAGGAUAAUCUGAUCGAUCGGUUUGAUGUGCGUGCGCAUCUAGACUAUAUACCGCCGGUGCCACGCACCAAUCCGGAACAGCCCGACCAGCAAGAGGAUGAUGCGGACGAACGUGCGAUGAAUUAUGAGCGAUACCGGGUGUUGGCACAGAACGAAUUUCUCGGUAUUGUUGAAGAAAAGUAUCUUCAUCAGCUGUAUCUCGAGGAACAGUUCGGAGUGAAUGCACAGAUCGAGGCGGAAACGAAAGCGGCAGCCGCUGCAGCAAAAAAGAAAUCUUCCGCCGGUGCAGCCAUUGGUUACACGUACGAGGAAACGGAAACGGUCCCGGGUGGCCCAGGAUCGAGCAUCGGUGGCAUCGGAACGGCAAGCGUACCGUUCGUGCAGUCCAUAACAGCGAUCGAGAAGGCGUCGGAAUCGUCAGCUCCGUUGGCUAGCUCGAGUGGACCCGUAGCGGCACGGUUUGAUGAGUGCAUGAAGGAUGAUUCGGACUCGGACUUGGAUAUGGAUGUGUCGAUUGAUAUAAACAAAAUAGGCACUAAUCAAGCGCAUGAGCUGAAUGCAUGCGGGCGACAGUACGGUAUGAAGAGCAAUGAUUUCUACUCGUUUCUAACGAAGGAUGCCGACGAAGCGGACGCACUGCGGAUGGCCCGUGAGGAGGAGCAGGAGAAAAUUAUGUUCAGUGGGCGUAAGAGUCGCCGAGAGCGACGGGCUCAACGCGAACGGAAGGUUGCUGGACGCCCGUUAAGCCCCCCGAGCUAUGCGGCCAAAGAGGAGCUGGUGCCGCGCACAUUUGUCGAAGCGAACGAUAGCUCGCGGUCUCCUUCGCCGGUGAAUUCGGGCAAGAUAACGUACAUUACCUCGUUCGGUGGGGAAGAAGAGCUGCAGCCGCAUGGGAAGAUUUCGUUCGGGUUUACGCGUGAAAUGAGCACGCUGGGUGGAAUUGCUGGCACGUCCAAGGCGGCUCGAUUGCGUGCGGGAGCUGCCGGUGCGGAAGCGAGUGGCACGUUGAGCUACGCGGACAAGGUGAAACAGAAUUUGGAGAAGUUGAAAACACAACAAACGAAAGAGAGUGAUCGUAAGCCCCCGGUACAGUAUCAACGAUCGGCGGCCAGCGGGGGACGGGGUAGAAGUAGUAGAAGUAGCAGCAGAAGCAGCAGUCGCAGCCGAGGCAGAAGCCGACGGCGUCGAAGAAGCUCCAGCAGUAGCCGAAGUCGUAGUCGAAGUCGGAAUCGUAGUCGUAGUAGAAGUCGAAGGCGCUUGAGAAGCACCGCCGCUGGUAGAAGCCGAUCGCGAUCCAGGAGCGGAGGGCGUGGUACAGCUCGGUCUACUUAUUCACGGUACCGGAGGCGCUCGAAAUCACGUUCGCGCUCGCGAUCAAGGUCUCGAUCGCGCACCCGUUCGAAAGCAUCUCGCUGGAGUCCGAGACGAAGGUAUCCGGUUGGGCAAUCAUCAUCAACCCGACGCAAAAACACACCGUCCCGAUCUUCCUCUUCUUCUUCAUCAUCUACCUCAUCGUCGCGAUCACGCUCCCGAACGCCAGUCCGUCGUUCCCAAGCAUCGCGAGCCAAACGAAGAUCGGGCCCAGAAUCAGACAGCGAUUCGUCCCGUAAAGCCAAAAAACUAAUACCGAUUACACCGAUUACUACGAUAGUUACACAGGAAAAGCCAUCGCUUGUUGUGCCACCGUCACUGCUAGGAUCACUUCCGCCACCACCACCUCCUCCGCUUCCGGUAGCUGUUGAAAGUUCGGUGGACGAAAAGAAACCCAUUCCGGCACUGGCGUUGAUUGAACCGGAACCGGAAGUGCCUAUUAAACGGUACUACGGGCGAAGAAGGGGCGACGAAAGCUCGAGCGAUGAAGCGAGCACCUCUGGGGAGGAUACGAAUGGUGACGAUCGUAAACCAACAAUCGUACCGGCACUGCAAGUUACGGAUGCUACCAGAGCAGAUGAUACGGUUGGCAAGGAAAGCGUCAUUAAAUCCACCUUCGAUACGACGGUGCAGAUUAAGCAGGAAAAACCGGACCCGGUCGAACAAUCCGUUGUAGCGCCGACCGGUGCUGGCGGUGGUAGCACAUCGUUAAGGUUUGGUAAAACGGUCUCUGGUGGCACCAGCGCUCCCGAAUCCAAAGUCGGUACGGGGGUUAGUACCGCUGGUAGCAUCGCUGGUCUUACAUCGAAGUCGGUUAACCCUCGCGAUCGCCUGAAGCGCAAAAUGCAGAUCCUGCUGAACAAACAAUACAAAGCGGACAAGAAGGCUGAAAUCGAGAAAGUGGAGCGACAGAUUCAGCAGCAGCAGGAACGUGACGAUGAGAUGCGCGAACUGGCACUGAAGCUGAGGCGUCGGCAACGUGAGCUGCGUCACAAGUACGGUACACCGGAGAGCGAACAUAGCAAAUCGCACAGCUCACAGGAAGAACGCAGCUCGGACGAGGGCGAAGAUGCGGGCAGCAAGCCGCAACAGCCGCAGCCAAAGCAACGAUUUGACCAGCCACCCGGCGAGGAUGGUUCCACAUCACCACGAAGACUCCCAUUAUUAGUUCCUCCCUUAACGUCGGUUCCUCCACCGAAGAUGGCAUUGCAUUCCCGGCCUCCACCAUCAUUACCGGCUGGUGGCGGUGGUCCGCCUAUGGGUUCCGGUGGUUACAGGAACAGUGUCGUCAUCGAGCGAAAGCCGGUACUGCGCAGUGCUUCUAAUUUCGGCACACAAUCGGGCGACCAUGCUGGCCCUGGUUCGUACGGUGGCGACAUUAGUGGACGGUUGAGGCGUCGCGACUCUCCGGCACAGAGCGUUAGUAGCACAUCGACAUCGAGAGGGUACGGUGGUGCGGCUGGCGGGAUGUCUCCCUCGAUGAAUCUACGCCGCGGUGGUGCAGGUGCAACGUCGACCGGUAGUAGGUUUGACGAUCGCAAUCGUAGAAGAUCGCCACCAGCAUCGCGAUAUGACCGAACACGAUCGAAAUCAAGGGAUCGUUUGGCAUCGCGCGAUACGGGACAAAAUCCGGGCGGCAGUGGUAGAGGCCGUCGAACGGAUUACGGCCGUACGAGGGGAGAUUACGACCGCUAUCAGGGUGGUUACGGUGGCAGCGGACAGGGACAGCAGUCGGGUUACGGUGGUGGAAGUCGCUACCGUGGCCGAAGAUCACGCUCCGGAUCGCGCGUACGUCGAUCACGAUCCUCGGAGCGGCCAACGACCCGAGGGAAUGGGGGUAGCAGCGGGUCCGGGAAUGUAGCUUCCACCCGGCAGUCGAAUCGUUCGCCGAAACCGCUGAAGAAGUUGGUAGACUACUGA